AAACAUUUUGUGAAAAUGGACAAGAAGAAUGGAAGUGUUAAAAAAUCAAACCUAAAAUUUGCCAAACCAAAGGCGGUUUUUCUAUCGGAUUCAAAUGAGGAACGAAAAAAACGUAUCGCGGCUCGAACACUCAAAUUGAAUCGACCGAAACCGCUGAACAUCGAAGAAUUGAUAGAGAAACGAGUGAAGGCUUUCAAGGAUAAUAGUUUCCUGUUUCUGACCUACGCUUACCCAAAAAGUAGUGAAUAUUUCGCCCCAUAUAGUUUUCUCGAAGUCCCCUUCAGUAAAGUUGAUAAACACGAGUAUUUUACAGUGAGCAGACAUGGAGUCACUUAUUGGAGCGACAAGGAGAACCAUUUCAGUCCACUGGACGAAUGGCUCAAAGAUUACGAUAAAUACAAAAGUCUGUCAAAGUUAACCUUUUUCCAGAAAUUUCGAAUCGCAAAAGCGUUACGCCACUGGAGGCAGAACAUCAAGUGGGAAAAAUAUACCAAUGCCCGACAUGUGCUGGCCACAAAUCUUUUCCUGGCACAGCCCAAGCUGGCCAAAGCUUUGCUCUAUCUGCGGGAGCAAUAUGAACUGCUGAUACAUUUCCGCUUUUUCGACAUUUCCGUAACGGAAAAUUGGCAUCUACCGUACUUUGUGGAAACUCAGAUGGUAACCUAUGAGCAGGUUCGCGAUAUGUUGUUCAAAUUCAACCGAAAAAUGAAAGACAUUUUAUAUGAAGCUUGUUGCAACACUUUAAUGGAUCAUGGAUUUUCGCCCCAAGAUGAAGCCCAAGGUAUCAGCAAUAAGAAGAAAAUUAAAGAUAUCAUGAGUUUUACGGAGAGAGCGAAUAAAAGGAGACUGUGCGCUAUGUUGGCCAGAUUUUUGGGUUACGUUGAUCAUACCAUGGUUCAUCUUCUGCAGCAUGUGUUAACGGAAUCUUUUCACAAUAUGGCCAGCAUUUUUCGAGGAUACUUUAUGGAAGAGCGACACGAUAAAUUGCCUUUCAUGACGGUUGAGCUUUUACUAAAACCUACAACAAUCGAGGUGGAUCCUUCAAGGGAAAUUACACUUAACUUCAUAAACCAAAUUUGUAUUAUGGUGGUGGAAUCCACCAGGAGUAUCGAGCGUUUUCAAAGUGAUCCUUAUUUCAAUCUUUUCACAGAACCCAUUAUAAUGGGGAGACAAGAAGAUCGACUUUGUGGAGCUCCUGCAAGUUUCAAUUUUUUGGUUGAGAACAAUAAGCAGUUUUUAGAAAACCUCAAAUCGAUCCCAGAUAACUUUCAACAAGCAUAUGACAUGAUUGAUGAAUACAUCGUUCAAUUCGAUAGAUUAAGAGAGAACUACCAGAAUGCAUUAGCCAUGGACCGGGAUUUGAUUCGAUACGAAACCGAUUUAUACACUUUACGGGCCUAUUGUGAGAAGUACAACUCAGAGUUGGCAGAUCUGGAAAAUGUGCAGAAAUCCGAACAACUAGGUUUGCUGUUGAUCAAACAAGCUAGUUUUCGGGAGGAGAUAAUACCAGUCUGUCAGGAAUUGCUUCUUGUAUUAGAGCAAACAUUGCCAAAACUGGCAUUGGAAAAGAUUGAUUACGUCGAACAAAAAGGCGAGGAGAUCUCAACUAAACUGCUUGUUGUCCCGGAGGAAACAAAUCAUUACAUUUAUUAUUUCAACUUCUUGGAAGUUUGUGAUGAACAGAUAGAAAACUUGGAAACUGAAUUGAAUUACGCCCACGAAGCUUUGAAAAUCAUGAAGAUUCAUAGCAUCCCUUUUAAGGAUGAAGACAAAGACAAAUAUUUGGAUAUGGAAGAGUUAUUGACAAAAAUUAAACAGAUAUUGGAUUUGAAGCGUGAGCAGAAGCAUGAACUGAUCAGUAAAUUUGAGCUUUGCCUUCAAACUGACAUAGCGAAGAUUUUUGUUGAGGUUGCUGAAAUAAGCGAAGAAGUGCUCAAGGAUUGGCUGUUAGAUAUCAAUUCAGAUCCUGCUCAGGUGCGUGAUUGUUUGAUCGAUUUAUCCGAAAGGUUAACAUCGUGUCAGCGGAAGGCUCAGGAAUAUCGAAAAUAUCAAAAAGAAUUUCGCCUGGAAGUUACUCGCUUCGAUAAGCUUGAUGUAGUAAUUCACGAAGUGAAACUUCGACAAACGUUAUGGGAUAGCGUACAGCAAUGGAGUGAUAGCGUUGUCUUGUGGAGUGAAAUCAAAUUCAACGAACUGAAUGUGGACGAAGUAGAAGCUCUUAAUUUCAAAAUUCUCAAAAACUGCGCUAUGUUGGAUAAGAAUCUACCCAAAAACGAGAUCAUUCCUAAAUUGAAAGCUGAAGCCGAGGAAUUCAAAGAAAAAAUACCAGUUCUGACUUAUCUUAGAAACCCAGCGCUGAAAACUCGUCACUGGAUAAAAAUUGAACAAGUUUUGGAUAAGAGAAUUGCUGGAGAAGAUGAUAUUUACAUUCACACAUUUGAAGAAGCGCAUGCCUUCGAUGAAGAAGUGUCUAACGAGUUGAUGGAAGUUUCAAACAUGGCGAGUGCUGAAGCUGGUCUGGAAGCUCUACUGAACAAAGUUGAAAACUCAUGGAAGGAGUUGGAAUUAACGGUUGUCAGCCACAGGGAUGCUCGAGAUGUGUUCAUUCUGGCCGGUGUCGAUGAGAUUCAAACAAUUUUGGAUGAUUCUAGUAUUAAUAUAUCUACUAUAGCUGCAUCCAGGCAUGUUGGUCCAAUAAAGGCCAAAGUAGAUGACUGGACUCGACAGUUGGAUCUGUUCUCUCGAACAUUAGACGAAUGGAUGUUAUGUCAACAGUCAUGGAUUUAUCUAGAGGCCAUUUUCUCUGCGCCAGACAUUCAAAGACAGCUUCCACAGGAAACUCAGAUGUUUUUGCAAGUAGAUAAAAGCUGGAAAGAUCUUAUGAGACGCGCUCAGAAAUCCCCAAUGGCACUGAAUGCAAUGACCACCGAAGGGGUAUUGGAGCAACUUCAAAUAAAUAAUGUCCUGCUAGAAAAGGUUACCCGGUGUCUAGAGGCAUAUUUGGAAGUCAAGCGAAUGGCCUUUCCAAGAUUUUACUUUCUUUCCAACGACGAAUUACUUGAGAUUCUCGCUCAAACAAAAAAUCCACAUGCGGUGCAACCUCAUUUGAGAAAAUGUUUCGAUGCUAUAGCUCGAAUCGAAUUUGGUAAAAAGAAAACGGAAACAGGAGAAACCAUUAUGACGAACGAUAUAGUGGCCAUGAUAUCACCAGAGGGCGAAAGAUUGACUUUUGGAGUGGGCUUGAAAGCUCGUGGAGCAGUUGAAGAUUGGCUUUCUAAGGUAGAAGAAGCGAUGUUUCUAGCAGUGAAGAGAUACAUGAGACUGGGGUAUCGAACCUACCAUACCAAAGAUCGUUCCUUUUGGAUGCAAGAACAUCCUAAUCAGAUUGUCUUGACAGUAUCGCAGCAACAGUGGUGUGCCGAAGUUCAUGCCAUUUUGGAUGGUGAAGGAAAUGUUCUAAAUAAUAUGGAACAAUUCAAAAAUAAAUUAGUAAAGGAUCUAGCCAUUUUGGCGGCCAUUGCAAGAACCAAUAUUUCGAAACUGGUUCGAAAGGUUUUGUGCGCAUUGAUUACCAUUGAUGUGCAUGCGAUGGACACUAUAAGCCAAAUGAUCGAUAAACAAGUGACAAGAUCAACGGAUUUUGAGUGGUUGAAAAUGCUUAGAUAUUACUGGAUUAUUGAAUCUGAUCUCGUGCAUACGAAAAUGGCAUCGGCUAAUUUGCCAUAUUUCUAUGAAUAUCUAGGCGCGGGCGGAGUUCUGGUCAUUACUCCUCUCACUGACAGAUGUUACCUAUGUCUUAUGGGGGCAUUACAGAUGGAUUUAGGAGGUGCCCCUGCAGGACCGGCCGGCACAGGAAAGACAGAAACAACCAAGGAUUUGGCAAAAGCUCUCGCUAUACAGUGCGUCGUCUUCAACUGUUCCGAUGGAUUAGAUUACAAAAUGAUGGGCCGAUUUUUCACGGGUUUAGCACAAUCGGGAGCGUGGUGCUGCUUUGAUGAAUUCAAUCGCAUAGACAUAGAAGUGCUUUCAGUUAUCGCACAACAACUCAUUACAAUUCGUAACGCAAAAGCAAUGAAAAUGAAACGAUUCAUGUUUGAAGGGCGUGAAAUCCGACUGAAGCCGUCGUGUGCCGCCUUCAUCACAAUGAAUCCCGGAUAUGCGGGCCGUACAGAACUUCCCGAUAACCUGAAGGCACUUUUCCGUCCAAUAUCUAUGAUGGUUCCCGAUUAUGCACUGAUAGCUGAGGUUAUUCUGUAUUCAGAAGGCUUCGAAGCAUCCAAAGUGUUGGCGAAAAAAAUGAUACAGAUGUACAAACUCUGCAGCGAACAGCUUAGUCAGCAAGAUCACUACGAUUUCGGAAUGCGAGCCGUGAAGAGUGUGUUGGUCAUGGCAGGAGCACUGAAACGUGCUUCACCAGAUCAAUCUGAAGACAUAACCCUGAUUUGUGCACUGCGGGAUUCGAAUUUACCAAAAUUCCUGGCGAAUGAUGCGAUACUUUUCAAGGGCAUUCUAGGGGAUCUGUUCCCUGGUAUUGAUUUACCAGACCCUGAACGAGGCAAUCUGCAAACAGCAAUCGAGGCGUGCAUGAGUGACAAGAACCUACAGAUUGUGCCAGAUUUAGUUGUCAAAACUCUUCAAUUGUACGAAACCAUGGUCGUUAGAUGGGGUGUCAUGUUGGUGGGACCAACUGGUAGCGGCAAAACAUCCGUACUUCAUGUCCUGGCAAGUGCCCUCGAAAAGCUGUAUCAUGACAUGGUAGAUGGACCAUAUUAUAGACCCGUUAACAUACAAACGCUGAACCCGAAAGCAAUCAGUAUGGACGAGUUGUAUGGAUUUGUAAACUUAGCAACAAUGGAAUGGAAGGACGGUCUUCUUGGCCUCGCCAUUCGAGCAGCAGUUAAUGUGAUCGAGGAGGAGCAUCAAUGGGUAGUUUGCGAUGGACCAGUAGAUGCUGUUUGGAUAGAAAAUUUGAACACCGUCUUGGAUGAUAAUAAAAUGCUUUGUCUUGCGAAUUCAGAACGAAUAAAACUGACCAGUUGGGUGCAUAUGGUUUUCGAAGUUCAAGAUUUGUGCCAAGCAUCUCCAGCAACUGUAUCCAGAUGCGGCAUGGUGUAUCUGGAUCCACUUCAUUUGACGUGGUCUGCUCUAAUAACUUCUUGGUUGGAUACGGUUGAGUCUUGUUAUUUGGAUGAUGAUUUGAAGGAGCACAUUCAGUUUUUGUAUCAGCAGUAUCAUGAGGGUAUGACAAAAUAUUUGAAUCGAAAGUGCCGAUGGAGUAUCGAUCAGGUGAACAUUAGCAAAUUAACUAUGAUGACUAAACUUAUGUUUUUGAUACUGAAAGCAACACAAGGAAUUAAUUUGAUGGAACGUGGAGACGCUAAAAGUUAUGUAUUUAAACUAUGGACGUGGUGUUUGUUGUGGUCGUUUGCAGGAAAUCUUAUGGAUGAUUCGAAAGUAGGUUUUGAGAAGCAUUUAAGGAACUCGUUUCAGGAAGGAGAUGCUGCCUUGUUACCCGAAGGCACUCUAUGGGACUACAGAAUCAAUCCAGAUAUCAAAAACUGGGAAAGCUGGUCUAAUAUCCACCCAAAGUUCAAUUAUAAUCCAAAUGUUCCGUACUUUGAUCUACUGGUGCCUACGUUAGAUACUACCAAAUAUGGUUAUGUUGCUGAUAUGCUGUUAAGGGAUCAGUCUCCUGUUCUAUUCACCGGAGAUACAGGAGUAGGAAAAUCUGUACUAGCAAGAGACAUUCUGAACAAACUAAUGCAGUCGAAUGUUAUUCCCAUUUUCGUAAAUUUCUCUGCCCAAUCUGGAAGUGCUCGUACUCAAGAAAUCAUAGAAUCAAGACUUGAGCGUCGUAAAAAGACUCUUUUGGGAGCACCGAUCAAUAAAAAGAUCAUCAUUUUUAUCGACGAUGUGAAUAUGCCCAAACUAGACACCUACGGCAGUCAACCGCCGAUAGAACUUCUACGUCAAUUUUUGGAUUUCCACGGAGUUUAUGAUCGAGAUAAAAUGUACUGGAAAAGUAUAGUGAAUGUAACACUAGGAGCAGCUUGUGCACCACCAGGUGGCGGAAGGAAUGUUUUGACGCCUAGAUUCGUUCGUCAUUUUGCUUUGCUCUCGUUAUCAACACCCAACAGUGAUACGAUGAAAACUAUAUUCAAAGAAAUUUUAUCAGGGUUUCUUGGUGAUUUUUGCCUCGCCAUACGUCCAUUAGCGGAACCACUCAUUGAAGCUGCAGUAUCUGUUUAUGAACGCAUAUCCGAAGAAUUGUUGCCAACUCCAAAAAAGUCUCACUACGUUUUCAAUUUACGAGAUCUAUCGAAGUGCGUUCAAGGUAUAUUACAGGCCGAUUCAUCUGCUUACGCAAGUCCAUUACAAAUGAUGAGAUUAUUUUACCACGAAGCUUCACGCAUAUUCUAUGAUCGCCUGAUAAGUUUGGAAGAUAAAUCGUAUUUCAAGAAAUUGCUGCAGGAUUGCUGUGACAAAUACUUCGAAAUGACGGUUGUACAUCAAAACGAAACUCUUCUAUUUGGAGACUUCAUGGUCUACGGUCAAGCCGUGGAAGAUCGGGUAUAUGAAGAGAUUAAGGAUUCUAAGAAACUCAAAAAUAUUCUCAUAGAUUAUCUCGAGGAUUACAACUCGAUGGGAGGAAAAGAGAUGAACUUGGUGUUUUUCGGAGAUGCGAUUGAACAUGUGGUACGCUUGGCUCGAUUAUUGCGUUCGGAAAGAGGAAAUGGGUUAUUGGUUGGCGUUUCUGGAAUGGGAAAGCAAAGUUUGUCUCGACUGGCGGCCCAUAUUAAUGGUUAUCAAUGUCAUCAAAUAGCAUUGCGACGAGGUUACGACCAUACUUCAUUCCAUGAGGAUUUAAGAAAAAUUUACUGGAUAGCGGGAGUUUUAAAUAGUCCAUUAGUUUUUCUGAUAACUGACACUCAAAUCGUGAAGGAAGAAUUCAUGGAAGACAUAAAUAAUAUUCUGAACUCUGGCGAAGUUCCAAAUCUUUUUGAAGGAGAUGAAUAUGAAAAAAUUAUUUUAAACACUCGCCAGCCUUGCAUAGAAAGCGGUUUUCCGAAUACAACUAGAGAUGGAAUUUUUGAAUUCUUUAUUAAACGAGUUCGUACCAAUUUGCACUUGAUCAUCUGUAUGAGCCCGGUAGGAGAUACUUUUAGACGCCGUUGUCGAAUGUUUCCUUCGUUGGUAAAUUGUUGCACCAUUGAUUGGUUUGUAAAAUGGCCAGCAGAAGCUUUACUAUCUGUAGCAAUCGGGUCGUUGAAAGAAGUGGCUGAGAACGAUACUCAAUGCAGACAUCUUGCCCAAGUGUGUGUCAUGAUUCACGAAAGUGUUGAAAUUAUCUCUGAGAGAUUCUUCAGAGAAAUGCGCCGACAUUAUUACACAACACCAAGCAGUUAUCUUCAAUUGCUGAACCAGUAUACUGUGCUGGUGCAUAGAAGAGUAGAGUUGAUUAUGCAAAAGAAAGACAGAAUUGCAAAUGGAUUGACCAAAAUUCUAGAAACGAAUGCUGUAGUAGCAGACAUGGGUGAAGAACUAAAACAGAUGGUACCCAUACUGGAAGAAAAAUCACGGAACAUGAAAGAGCUACUAGCUAAACUGGAUAAAGAUAAUAACGUUGCUAAAAGUGUAAAGCGCAGCGUCGGUAAAGAUGAGGCUGAAGCCAAAAUCAAAGCUGCUGAAACCCAAGAGAUUGCAGAUGAAGCAGCGAAGGACUUAGAAAUUGUGAUGCCCACAUUGAAAGCUGCUCAGGAUGCACUGAAAGCUUUGAAUAAGAAUGAUAUUAACGAACUAAGGGUGUUUCAAAAACCCCCUAGAUUGGUGCAAUUUGUUAUGGAAGCCGUAUGUAUACUUCUAGGGGCAAAAACGGACUGGAAUGCAGCAAAAAUUGUGAUGGCGGAUGUCAACUUUUUGAAAAAACUCGAAGAAUACGAUAAAGAACAUAUACCUGACACAAUAAUUAAAAAAAUUAAAACAUAUGUUGAACAUAAGGAUUUUCAGCCACAGAUUAUCGAAAAGGUUUCCAAAGUGGCUAAGUCAAUGUGCCUUUGGGUCAUAGCAAUUGAAAGGUUUUCCAAAGUUUACAAGGUAGUUGAACCGAAAAUAUUGAAACAAAAAGCCGCUGAAGAGGAAUUGAAACAAGUCAUGCAGCUGUUGAAAUCGAAACAGAACGAACUUGCCGAAAUCGAAGCUAAAAUACAAAUGUUGAUGGCCAAUUUGGAGGAAAAGCAACGGGAGAUGAAGGUGUUACAGGAUCAUAAUGAUUUGACUACGGCUCGCUUGAAUCGGGCUGGUAGAUUAACAUCUGCAUUGGCAGAUGAAGAAAUCCGUUGGCGAGAUACGGUUGAAGAACUAACAGCAGAACAAUUCGCCGUUCCUGGUGACGUUUUGGUUGCGUCAGCUUAUGUUGCAUAUUUAGGAGCAUUCCCAAUCGACUAUAGACGAGAACUGGCUACUGUGUGGGUAUCCGAGUGCAAGAAUUUGGAUAUCCCUAGCAGCAAAGAGUUCAACUUGAUCAAAAUAUUGGGCGAUUCAUAUCAAAUACGGCAAUGGAACAUGUACGGCUUGCCGAGAGAUGAAAUCUCGAUUGAAAACGCCAUUAUUUCAACACAAGGAGGACGAUGGCCUUUGAUGAUUGACCCUCAAGAGCAAGCCAACAGAUGGAUUCGUAAUAUGGAGCUCGGCAACGAUCUAAGAAUAAUUAAAUUGACUGAUGUAAACAUGAUGCGUAUUCUAGAAAUAUGCAUUCGUCAAGGAAUACCGAUGUUGAUCGAGGAUAUCCAAGAAACGCUGGAUCCAGUGUUGGAAAACGUUCUUUUGAAGCGUUUGUUUAUGCAAAAUGGGCGCCUUAUGAUCAAGCUGGGCGAUGUGGAUGUAGAUUACGAUCACAACUUUCGAUUGUUCAUGACCACAAAGUUGGCGAAUCCGCACUUUUUGCCCGAAAUUUGCAUCCAAGUUUGUUUGGUCAACUUUUUGGUAUCGAGAGCUGGACUCGAGGAUCAACUAUUGGCUGACAUCAUUAAAAUAGAGCUCCCGGAAAUGGAAAGACAACGCAAUGAUCUGAUAGUGCGUAUAAACGCAGACAAGCAACAACUGCUAAUGUUGGAGGACAAAGUACUGAAAAUGUUGUACAGCUCACAAGGCAACAUUCUAGACGACGAGGAGCUUGUCGAUGCUUUGAACGAAUCUAAAGAAACUUCUAUGGUCAUCGCAGAUCGUUUAAUAGAAACAGAAAAGACAGAAACGGCCAUCGCCGCAACUCGGGAAAAUUAUCGUAUUCUAGCAGCACGCGGUGCAGUCCUCUAUUUUGUGGUGUCCUCAUUGGCGGAAAUCGAUCCCAUGUAUCAGUUUAGUUUACGAUACUUUUCCUUGGUUUACUGUUCGGUGAUAGCGAAGCCUUGUGAAAGGAUGGAACUUCGCGAAAGAUUGCGAACUUUGCUGGAUGAUAUUACAUUCACCGUUUUCUCCAACAUAUCUCGGGGAUUGUUGGAAAAACACAAACUAUUGUUUGGGUUUUUACUAUCCUUUGCCGUCUGCAAGGAAGUAAAUGAAUUCUCAGACGAUCAAUUUUUCUUCAUACUUCGUGGCCCGACAACUCGGAACUAUUCAUUGGCUGAAAAACCCGAAUAUGUAACAGACAACGCGUGGUACAAUUGUCGUUUUUUGGAGGAUAAUUUCGAAAAUUUCGCAGGAUUGUCUAGCCACCUAAACUCUUCAAUACGAAUACAAUUGCAAGAUUAUGUAGAAGAGUUAUCUCCUGCACCAAAGAUUAUAGAACCUUACAAAAAUUUCAACCAAAUAUUAAGCCCUGCUGAAAAACUGAUGUUCAUAGCUGCGUUGAAAGAAGAGAGUUUAGUAAUAGCUAUAACCGAUUUUAUCCGCUUUAAACUUGGAAAACAAUUUACUGAGCCCCCAAAAAAUACAACUUUACCGCAGCUAUAUAUGGAUAUUUCAUCAACAACGCCACUUGUUUUUGUGCUCUCGCCAGGAUCUGAUCCUAUGACUGCAUUGAUCAAAUUUGCGCAGGAGAAGGAGUUUGGAGAAAAACUGUAUUCUAUUUCAUUGGGGCAAGGCCAAGGACCGGCAGCAGAAUCUCUAAUACAAAAUGGCACUAAACAUGGCCAUUGGGUGUUCCUUCAAAACUGCCAUCUUGCAACAUCCUGGAUGGAAUCAAUGGAAGUAAUUGUUACUAACAUAGUCAUGGGUCUACAGCCAGCGCACGCUGAUUUUCGUCUAUUCUUAUCAUCAAUGCCAGCGAAAACUUUUCCUAUAAGCGUUCUGCAAAAUUCUGUGAAGGUUACAAAUGAACCUCCAAAAGGGCUGCGAGCCAAUCUGAUACGUUCAUUGAACGAUUUGAAUGUUGGCGAAUUUGAAAUGCAUGUUUUAGGCCAACAUUGGAGAAGUAUGAUUUUUGGUUUGUGUAUGUUCCACGGAAUUAUUCUUGAGAGGCGAAAGUUCGGACCUCUGGGAUGGAAUAUAACUUACGAAUUCAACGAAAGCGAUCGAGAAUGUGCUUUACGCACUUUAGAUAUCUAUUGCGAAAGAGAAAUCAAAGCUCCAAUACCGUGGGACGCUUUAGUAUAUAUCAACGGAGAGAUUACAUACGGCGGCAGAGUAACGGAUAGCUGGGAUCAGAGAUGUUUAAGAUCUAUUUUGAAAAUAUUUUCCUCUGAGGGCAUACUCGUAGAAAAAUAUAAAUAUAGCGAAAGUGGUCUCUAUUAUUGUCCUGAAGCCCGUUCCCUAGAAGAAUAUAAGACCUACGCAAACAAUCUACCUAUUCACGAUCCUCCAGAAGUCUUCGGCAUGCAUGAAAAUGCCAAUAUAAUUUUCAACAAAAACGAGACUCGCUUCUUCGUUGAAACACUUCUUGAUAGCAUAAGUGGAGGUGAAUCGUUGAGCGAAGCAGCAGCUGCCCAGCAAGAUAAAAAUUGUCUCGAAAAAAUCCAAAGUAUCAGAACAGCUAUUGCCAAAGCUAUCAACAUCGACAACCCUUACCCCGAUUUGAUGAAACGAGACAACAAAAACCGCAUACCUUCUCUAAGUACCGUUUUACUGCAAGAAAUCGAAAGAUUCGACAAACUACUAAAUGUUAUACAUAUGAGUUUGAACGAUCUAGAAAAGGCUAUACAGGGAUUCGUGGUAAUGUCGGAAAGUUUGGAAACUAUUUAUAAGGCGUUCACAAACAACCAAGUCCCUGGCCUGUGGCAUACGAAUGGAUUUUUGUCAACUAAAUCGCUGGGAAGCUGGAUUUUCGAUUUCCAACAACGAAUCGAAUACAUCCAGAACUGGUACGACGAUGGCCUUCCAAUUUCUUCUUGGAUUUGUGGUCUGUUCUUCCCGCAAUCAUUUCUGACCGGUACUCUUCAAACUUAUGCUCGGAAAAACGAUAUUCCCAUCGAUACACUGAGGUUUGAUUUCGAUGUCAUGAAUUGCAAGCUCAACCAACAGGACAUCUACGAAAGACGAACACGAGGACAGAAGAGCAACUCGCUGUUCGAAGAUCUCAAGGUACCUAAUUAUGGAAUACUGAUUCACGGACUUUUCAUCGAAGCCGGAAAGUGGGAUCUAAAGGAAGGUGGUUUGUGUGAUCCACGUGUGGGCGAGCUAGUGUCGCGAUUGCCUGUAGUUUGGUUGAAACCUUGCACCGAACUCGAGGUUGGGCAUCGUUACGAGACACCGUUGUACAAGACAAGCGUGAGAGCCGGCGUUUUGUCUACCACCGGUCAUUCGACAAAUUUUGUGCUGUCUAUUCUGUUGGACUCGCAAAAAUCUUCAGAUCAUUGGAUUUUACGAGGCACUGCCCUCGUUACUCUUAUCAGUGACUAAGAGCGAGUAAAGUAUCGAUGUUGGCUUCGACCUCUUUGACAGCUUUCAUAGCGUGUGCGUUCCUGGUGAUCACUUCAUGAAUCAUAACUUUUUGAGUGGUUCUAUAAAAAAUAACCUUAUUUUAAUAUCGAUCGUUUUUCUAAGAAUAUUCAAUAAA